AUGCUCUCCACUCUACUUUCGAUCGGGCUGUUUCUCUCGCGAGGGCAUGCCGCGCCUGCAGCAACCGCCAACUUGACGGCACGAGCUAUCCCCAGUGGCAUCAUCAUCGAACACUGCACGGUCCCCGGUGUAGUGGCCCUCACGUUCGACGAUGGCCCAUUUAUCUACACCAGCCACAUCUUGGACCUGUUGGACCAGUACGGCGCCCAAGCGACUUUCUUUAUAAACGGCGAGAACUGGUCCCGCGGUAUCGGUGACUUCUCGAGCCCUUGGCCCGAGAUCUUGCGGCGUAUGGACCUUUCAGGUCAUCAAAUCGGCUCCCACACCUGGGCGCACGCCGAUCUGUCGUCCGCCGAUUCGCCUACGCGGGAGUUCCAAAUCUACGAGCUCGAAAAAGCACUUUUUGCUGUUCUCGGCAAAGCCCCCACCUACCUUCGACCGCCCUAUGCUUCCUGUUCGGGAGACUGCCUCCAUGAGACAGAGCAGAUGGGACUACAUGUGGUCAACUUUGACGUUGACCCCAAGGACUACCUCCACAACGACCCGAACGAUAUCGCCGCCGCCAUGGAGAAUUUCUCCAGAGCUCUGGAUGAGCGCCGGUGGGGUGAUUCGUUCCUCGUCCUCAGCCAUGACUCGCUGCAGAAUACAGCCGAGUUCUUAGUCCCGCACAUGCUCAUGGAGAUCCAGCAGCGCGGAUACCGGGCUGUCACAGUGGGGGAGUGUCUCGGCGACCCCCCUGAGAAUUGGUACUGGUACCUAUGA